AUGAAUGCCGCGUUACCAGAGCAGCUAGUGAAUCAUGUUAGAUCUGAACUGAGCAUAAUGGGGAAAUCAAUAGAUGCAAAUGUACCAUGGUGGACUUUAACUAAGUCUGGAAAAUUUACAGUGAGUAGUGCAUGGAACUUAAUGAGACAGCAGGAGCAAGAGUCAUUGAACUAUCAAAGAAUAUGGAUCGAGGAGACAUUGCAACAUCUUUUCUUGACUAGUAAUUGUGUAGCAGAAGUGUGGCAAUACGAUACCACAGCAGCAGUCAAGUUGAAACCAGUUUUUGAAGCAAUACCAUCAUUCAUCUGCUGGCGGUUGUGGAAGAGAAGCAAUGCACUUAUGAAUAGAGCACAGAUGAGUAAGAGUAAAGUCAUUUACUGCAUUAAUCAGAAUAUUCAUAGCUUGAUAAGUAGUCUAUAUCCUUGGUUGAAGAAUGCCCCACAUACUUGGCCUCAAAUGGUACAGCUCUUAGAAGGACUUCAGCCUAGAGUCGGAGGUCAAAUGGUACAAUGGAGAUGUCUAAGUGCAUGCUGGUAUAAGUGCAAUACUAAUGGUACAUCAAGGGGUAAUCCAGGCCAAAGCUCAGCUGCUUUUUGUAUUAGAGAAGAAAGAGGUGAUCUGGUUCAUGAUGCUGCUAGAAGAAUAGCUAACACAACAAAUAUAUGUGCAGAAGCAGUUGAAAUUCAUGAUGGUCUGCAAUAUUGUGUUAAUAAACAAGUGUUACCUCUGAUCAUGGAAACUGACUCUCUUGCUAUGGUGAACAUUAUUCAAGGAGACGGGGAAACUCCUUGGAAAGUUAGUAUGGAUGUGCAUAAUAUUAAAGAGUGGAGAAAGAGAGGACAAGUCCAGUUUGUCCAUGUCCUGAGGGAGGGCAAUACAGUAGCAGAUUUUUUAGCUAACAGUGUGUUCAAUUGUGCAGGUACAUUACAAGUUAACAAUUUUCAGGAACUCACACCUACAGGAAGGAGAUUGCUAAAUAUGGAUAAAUCCAUGAUGCCUAACUUCAGUUUCCAGCAGCUUGUAACCCAAGGUUUUGUUGCUGCUGGGUUUUGGGGAUUACCAACUUAUCCCCAUCGAUAUUCUCUUUAUUUCUACCCCUAUCUGCUACAACUGCUUGCUGAUUUUCUGCAUUUGUCUGCCCUUGUACAACUAGAAGUUGCUUGUAAGUAUAUGAUGGAUAAGAAUUGGAUACUUAUUAAGAAUAGGAGAUUACCAGAAUACUUGACCGGUAUGGAACAAUUUUUAAACUAUGCAUUUUCCAAUCCUGAGGUUGGUGUAACAAUCCAGUGUCCGUGCAUUAAAUGUAACAAUGUGCUUUGGAAAACGAGAGAAGAAGUGGAGUUAGAUUUACUUAAAUGGGGAAUAGAUCCAACAUAUGAUAGGUGGAUUUUUCAUGGUGAGUCGGAUUCAUCUUCGGAUGAUGAAAUAAAUUCUGGUGCAGAUUCAGAUUUAGGCAAUGAUGAUGCUUCCACUUUUGAAAUGUUACAUGACAUGUAUCGUGGUUUUCCUUCUAAUAAUUAUGAGUUUGAUGAGACCAAUGAGUCUAGAAACGAAGAGCCUAACACAGAAGCAAAGAGUUUUUAUAGUUUGUUAAAGGACGCAAAGCAAAAGUUAUAUCCAGAUUGUCAAAAAUUCUCGAAACUCUCUUUUGUAAUGCGCCUUUUUCAAAUGAAGUGUCUGCAUGGCUGGAGUAAUACUUCGUUUGACUCAUUAUUGAAAUUAUUGGGUGAUGCUUUUCCGAAAGAAAAUGUGCUCCCUAAUUCUAUUUAUGAAGUUCAAAAGAUCAUUAAAGAUUUGGGUUUAGAUUAUGUGAAGAUAGAUGCAUGUGUUAAUAAUUGCAUCUUAUAUAGAAAGGAAUAUGCAGAUCUUGAGCAAUGCCCUAAAUGUGGUGAGAAACGAUGGACAGUAAGGAAAGAAAAAUAUACUGAUGAUGAGGUUGCUUCAAGAAAUUUGACUAAGAAAAAUAAAGGAAUUUCUAGAAAGAUUCUUCGAUACUUUCCUUUGAUACCACGAUUACAACGGUUGUAUAUGACAAAACAAACGGCCGAAGAUAUGAGGUGGCAUAAAAAUAAGCGAGUUGAGGAUGGAGUACUAAGGCAUCCAGCUGACUCAUUAGUGUGGAAAACUUUUGAUGAAGAACAUCCGACUUUUUCUUUAGAUCCACGUAGUGUAAGGCUUGGACUUGCUUCAGAUGGUUUUAAUCCGUUUGGUUCUAUGAGUAAUGCUUAUAGCAUGUGGCCAGUAGUCUUGAUUCCAUAUAAUCUUCCCCCGUGGCUAUGCAUGAAACAAUCUAAUAUUUUGUUGUCCUUGCUUAUUCCUGGCCCAAAAGGCCCUGGUAUGAAUAUUGACGUGUUCCUCCAACCUUUGGUUGAUGAUUUGAAAAUCUUAUGGGAGGGUGGAAUCGAUACUUAUGAUGCUUUUAGGAAACAAAAUUUUAAAUUGCGUGCUUCUUUGUUGUGGACAAUUAAUGACUUUCCAGCUUAUGGUAUUUUGUCUGGUUGGAGCACUAAAGGUAAAUUAGCUUGUCCUGUUUGUCAUGUACAUACUUGUUCCAUUUACUUGAAACAUGGUCGAAAGCUUUGCUAUAUGGGUCAUCGUAGGUUCUUGGAGAAAAAUCAUUCUUAUCGUCGGAAUAAAAGUUCUUUUGAUAACACAAGGGAAGAAAGACUUGCACCAGAAGCUUUGAGUGGAGAUGAUGUGCUUGCACAACUAAAUACAUCCUCACAAGGGUCAAUCGACUGCAAUGCAAGAAAAAGAAAACGAGAUGUUGGAAGACCUGACAAUUGGAAGAAGAAAAGUAUAUUCUUUGAACUUCCAUAUUGGAGGACUGUAUUAUUGAGACAUAAUUUGGACGUAAUGCAUAUUGAAAAAAAUAUUAGUGAAAGUGUGAUUGGAACACUGUUAGAUAUUGAAGGAAAAACAAAGGACACAUUGAAAUCUCGAUUGGACAUACAAGAUAUGAGAAUAAAAAAGCCACUCCAUCCAAUAAAAAGUGGGGAUAAGUAUAUACUUCCUCCGGCAAGUUAUACAAUGUCUAAAACUGAGAAGCUUCAGUUUUGUCAGCUUAUCAAAGAAGUCAAGUUUCCUGAUGCUUAUGCUUCUAACAUUAGUCGUUGUGUCAAGGAAGCUAGAAUUUUUGGACUUAAAAGUCAUGACCACCAUGUUCUUUUUCAGCGUAUUUUUCCACUUAUCAUCAAAGGGAUUUUGCCAAGGGAUGCUUAUGAUCCAUUAAUUGAAUUGUCAUUGUUCUUUAGUGAUUUGUGUGCUAAAGAGUUGCAUGUAGAAAAGUUAGAUCAACUAGAUAAAAGUAUACGGAUGACAAUCUGUAAGUUAGAACGUGUGUUCCUGCCGACCUUUUUUGAUGUUAUGAUUCACUUGGCAAUUCAUUUGGCAAACGAGGCGAAGUUGGCUGGUCCCGUUCAAUAUCGAUGGAUGUAUUACAUCGAAAGAUAUUUGCGCACAUUAAAAAAUUAUGUACGCAACAAAUCUCGUCCAGAAGGAUCAAUUGCUGAAGGCUAUCUUGCAGAGGAGUGCAUGACAUUCUGUUCUAAAUAUUUAACAGAUAUAGAGACCAAGGAAAAUCGCCCGGAUAGAAACUUUAAUUCUUCCAAUAUAGAUCCCAACGAGUUAUCCAUAUUCAAUUGUCCUGGUAAGCCAUUACCAGGGGGUUCCUGGGAAGAAUUGAGUGCUCUUGAAAUAAAACAAGCUCAUUUUUACAUCCUCCAAAAUUGUGAGGAAGUCCGUCCUUGGACUGAGGAACAUCUAGAAAUAUUAACAAAGGAGAACAAUAGAAAUGUUGCCAAGAGGCACAAGGAGGAAUUUCCUUUGUGGUUUGAAGAAAAGGUAAAUAAUAUCAUUUGAAGCUAGUUUAUCUUUAUUUAGGACAAUUUGUGAAUUUUACUUUCAAAGUAGUAUUAAUGUUUGAGUUUGUAAUUAACAUAAUAUAGGUGGUACAGUUAAAAGAGAAUGGUGAUGGACGAAUUACUGAUGAAUUACUAGCUUUGGCAAGAGGUCCGGAUCCUCGUGUUUAUUGUCAUAAUGGUUAUACCUUGAAUGGCUUUAGGUUCCGAACAAUGGAAUCUGAGUUAUG